AUGAAAACGCAAUACAAACAAGCUGCCACCAAUACUAGUAGUAUUCCAAGACCAAAUCAACGAUUCAAUCACACCAACAUCACUAAUCCUAAUCAUUCUAACGCUAGUACAACAAUUGACAAUGAUGUUGCCAGAUCUUCAGCAGUUGCUACCAAAACUACCAUUGAUACCGCUAAUACUAAAACAAAUAAUAACAUUGUGACUGCUAAUAGUUCUUCUUUUGCUGGUCCAGCAGCCAAUCCAACUUUGAAUAAUAAUAAUAAUCAUCUUCUUAAAAAGAAAACUCUACCAACUUCAAAACUACCAGAACCACCAUCAAAACGGGCAAAUUUUAAUAAUAAUAAAGAAAAGGCAGUUAUUACCACUAGCCCAAACAAGAAUCACAAGCUCAAAAAUAUUGAUGAUCUUAGAAGUAACAACGAGGAAGAGUUGCUAGCAGUAACACAUGAAUUGGAAAUCAAUAAUAAUAAAUUGGUUGAAUUACAAAGAAUUCUUAAAAGUCAAGAAGAAGAGGCUAGAAAAUUAAAACGACGGAAGGAGACAUUAGAUAAUGAAUUAAAUGUAGUCAGGAUGGUGGCAAAAGCAAUAAAUAUGGAUAAACAAGAAGUUCAGUUGGAAAUGAGUCAGUUGAAAGAAAGAUUAUCGAUAGCGAAUAAAACUUUUGAAGAUCAGGAUAAAAUGGUUGAUGAACUGAAGGAAAAAUUAGAGAACAGCAAAACGACAUGUGAAGAAAUGAAAAAAUCAACAAAACGAUAUGUGAAGAAAUGGAAAAAUCAAUAA